UGCAAUGGUUCGUUAUUGGUACUCAGAUGCUUUGUAAAUGCAGUCUCUGCUUUCUGUAGGUAUGCCCUAGAGGCCAAAGAACCGAUAACAACAAAAUCUGCCGGGAAUGUAUGGGAUCUCCGGACCGCUAUGACUGGCUGUACCUUGGCUUCAUGGCCAUGCUUCCCUUGGUUUUACACUGGUUCUUUAUUGAGUGGUAUUCAGGAAAAAAGAGUUCCAGCGCGUUGUUGCAGCAUGUCACUGCCUUGUUUGAGUGCAGCGUUGCAGCAAUUGUUACGCUGCUCGUCAGCGACCCUGUCGGCUCUCUGCAUAUCCGCUCCUGCAAGGUGAAGAAGCUUUCGGACUGGUAUACGAUGCUUUACAAUCCAAGUCCCGACUACAUCACCACAGUGCACUGCACUCACGAAGCAGUCUAUCCCCUGUACACCAUAGUGUUUAUAUAUUACGCCUUCUGUCUCGUGUUAAUGAUGCUACUUCGGCCUCUUCUGGUUAAGAAAAUUGCCUGUGGUUUAGGAAAGUCUGAUCGAUUUAAAAGCAUUUAUGCAGCACUGUACUUCUUCCCUAUCCUCACCGUCCUUCAGGCCGUCGGAGGAGGCCUGCUCUAUUAUGCCUUUCCUUACAUCAUACUGGUGUUGUCUUUGGUUACACUGGCUGUGUACAUGUCUGCUUCUGAAGUGGAGUCUUUCAAGGAUCUUCUUGUCAGGAAGAAAAGGCUUGUUGUCCUCUUCAGCCACUGGUUACUUCAUGCCUAUGGAAUCAUCUCCAUUUCCAAACUGGAUAAGCUUGAGCAGGACCUCCCGUUGCUUGCCUUGGUACCUGCACCUGCCCUCUUCUACGUACUGACAGCGAAGUACACCGAGCCAUCACGCAUACUCUCGGAAGGUGGAAAUGGACAUUAAAAGGAGCCUGUGCCAACGACGCUGUCCUAAUGAGCUGGAUUAAGCAAUUUUAGUGCUUGUUACGCUUUGGAAACUUCUGUUUUAAAAGAAGUUAUUUAUGUACAAGCCUUCUGGGUGAAACACCUCUGAGUGAGACUGUGUAAUAUUAAAAAGCUGCACUUUGUAUUCUUCACAAGUAUCUGGUAUAGGUCGAAGGGAAUGUCUUUUGUACCUAUUUAUCACUGUGAAUCUGUAUGAAAAGCCUGUGACACACUCUAGUACAGCGGUUUGCUUGUAUAUGUUUAUUUCCUAAUACAAUGCUUUAGGUGGUGUUUGGAUAAAACAAUAGAGCCUGGUUUUCAGUAGACUUUCCAUAAAACAAAUAGAGCUUGAAUA